GGAGGGAUUUGGCCUGCCAGCUAUUAUAAAUACACAGCAGUCGCUGGCACUCUGCACACUCGGAGCACACUAAUGAGACGCGGCGCUGAAAUUGAUUUCGAGAGCUCUUCUAUUUCGCUGCGAGAGAGUGCAGGCAGCGAGGAUCUGUGCAUCAGGAAGGUUGCACCACCGAGGUUCCGCUUGUAAUCGCCACUGACCGGCUCCAACGAAAGGGAAAACCCAGUCUCCAAGCAAAAGAAGGGGGAAAAAACACAAAGUUAGGAGAGGAACUGUGUGAAGUUGUGCUUUUUAUUUAAACAAAAAAAAAAUUCGAGAAGAGGUGGUGUCCAGCCAUCUUGCUCUCACGCCUGCAAGGCUAAUGUUUGAUCGCCCCUGCCUGUCGCCAAUGUAUACAGUGGACUGUCGCUCCGUGGCCAAGUCUGAAGGAGUUAAAAUGUGCCGAAUCUGAUCCGCAUGUUGUGCUGAGAUCCGGAGGGGGGGGAACAGGGGGGGGUGGGGGGUGGGGGGACGCUCACAGUCACACUCUGCGUUUAUUUAAGGAUCUAUAUUGGUGGUGUUUAUAAACAGUCUGCCGGGCAAAAAGAGGAGGAGGGGUGGGAGGAGAGAGAGAGAGAGAGAGAAAGAAAAUAAGCAGCGAGCAGUCGGGGAGAGGCUGUUGGCGACAUGGAGAGUUGCUUGCUGGAGGUCUACCUGCUGUACGUCUUGGCAUUAAUGCACAGAUCGAGCGGGGCCGCGGGCAAGGAUCUAUCGUGCCAGGAGAUCACCGUGCCCCUGUGCAAGGGCAUCGGCUACAACUACACCUACAUGCCCAACCAGUUCAACCACGACUCGCAGGACGAGGCGGGUCUGGAGGUGCACCAGUUCUGGCCGCUGGUGGAGAUCCAGUGCUCGGCCGACCUGCGCUUCUUCCUGUGCAGCAUGUACACGCCGAUCUGCCUGGAGGACUACAAGAAGCCGCUGCCGCCGUGCCGCAGCGUGUGCGAGCGGGCCAAGGCCGGCUGCGCCCCCCUCAUGCGGCAGUACGGCUUCGCCUGGCCCGACAGGAUGAGGUGUGAGCGGCUGCCGCGGCAGGACAGCCCCGACACCCUGUGCAUGGAUUACAACCGCACCGAGCUCCGCAGCGCUGCCCCGGCCGCACCCGCACCCGCCGCCCCGCUACAACCCACCAGGAGGCCGGACAAGCCGGAGAGAGGCCGGGGUGGAGGUGGUGGUGGAGGACAGGCUCAGCCGCAGCCGCCGACCUCCUGCCAGGCGGGCUGCCUGUGCCGGCCCCCCAUGGUGCAGCUAAAGAGCGAGAGGCACCCGCUCUACAACCGGGUGAGCACCGGCCGCCUGCCCAACUGCGCCGUGCCGUGCUACGACCCCUACUUCUCGGCGGACGAGCGCAGCUUCGCCGCCUUCUGGAUCGGCCUGUGGUCAGUGCUGUGCUUCGCCUCCACGCUCACCACCGUGGCCACUUUCCUGAUCGACAUGGAGCGCUUCAAGUACCCCGAGCGCCCCAUCAUCUUCCUCUCCGCCUGCUACCUGUUCGUGUCGGCCGGCUACCUGGUGAGGCUGGUGGCGGGGCAUGAGAGUGUGGCUUGCGGCCGCCGCCAGCUCGGCUCCGAGCAGCACGUCCACUACGAGACGACGGGGCCGGCCCUCUGCACCGUGGUCUUCCUGCUGGUCUACUUCUUCGGCAUGGCCAGCUCCAUCUGGUGGGUCAUCCUGUCCCUCACCUGGUUCCUGGCUGCCGGCAUGAAGUGGGGCAACGAGGCGAUCGCCGGCUACUCGCAGUAUUUCCAUUUGGCCGCCUGGUUGGUGCCCAGCGUCAAGUCCAUCGCCGUGUUGGCUCUCAGCUCGGUGGACGGCGAUCCGGUGGCCGGCAUCUGCUACGUGGGCAACCAGAACCUGGACAACCUGCGGGGCUUCGUGUUGGCUCCGCUGGUCAUCUACCUGCUCAUCGGCAGCAUGUUCCUCCUGGCCGGCUUCAUCUCCCUCUUUCGCAUCCGGAGGGUCAUCAAACAAGGAGGGGGAGCCCAGACCGACAAGCUGGAGAAGCUGAUGAUCCGCAUUGGGGUGUUCACCGUGCUGUACACCGUGCCCGCCACCAUCGUGGUGGCCUGCUACUUCUACGAGCAGCAUAACCGGCCGAGCUGGGAGCUGAGCCACAACUGCCGGUGCCCCGGUGACAGGGGGCAGGGAGGGGAAGCGGCCAGGAAACCCGACUACGCCGUCUUCAUGCUCAAGUACUUCAUGUGUCUACUGGUGGGCAUCACGUCGGGCGUGUGGAUCUGGUCGGGCAAGACGCUGGAGUCGUGGAGGGCUUUCUGCACGCGUUGCUGUUGGGGCAGAAAAGGGACAGGCGGAUCCUUGUACAGCGACGCCAGCACCGGCUUAACCUGGAGGUCAGGCACGGCGAGCUCAAUGUCCUACCCUAAGCAAGUGCCACUGUCCCAGGUCUGACACCUCGCACAGAGAGACAUACAAACCCC